CCUUUCAAUUUCCUCUCCACCCAACACGAAAAAACAUCGUGGACCCGAUUUUCAGGUUUAAUUCUUCUCCUUUUUGUUCACUCUAAUAACCCAAAUCACAUUUCGCCAGAAAAUCCCUAAAAUCCUUGGAUCUGGUUCGAGCUUGUGGUUGUCAGGCCUCUUUGAUCAACUAAGUUUCAUGUCUGAUCCCGACGUGGUCCAAAUUCCUAGUGCCUUUGAUCCCUUUGCUGAUGCAAAUGCUGAGGACUCGGGUGCCGUCGCAAAGGACUACGUGCACAUUCGUAUUCAGCAGCGGAAUGGUCGGAAAAGCCUGACAACUGUACAGGGGUUGAAGAAAGAAUUCAGCUACAACAAGAUACUCAAAGACCUCAAGAAGGAGUUUUGCUGCAAUGGCACUGUGGUUCAGGACCCUGAAUUAGGCCAGGUUAUUCAACUUCAAGGCGACCAGCGUAAGAACGUAUCUACCUUCCUUGUUCAGGCCGGCAUUGUGAAGAAGGAAAACAUCAAAAUCCAUGGUUUCUAAGUUGCAGAUGCUUAAAGUUUCCGGCUAAGGUCACUCAUCCCGCGUCGAAGCAGGAGA